AAGACAGCAGAGAUCACGUGAUUGUGUUGAUGCUCAUGAACACAAAACACUGUGGCGUAGAUAGUAUAUAAUUUUGGUCUUUUGGGGGUUAAUCGAAGUUCUUCUAAGCACGGUAUACAGUGUAUAUUCAUUAUUUAGUUUCUGAAAAAUGAUUGGAAACAAAACCAUGGCGGUAAAGUCUCCCAAUGAGCUUCUUUUGCCGAUGAACGUUCCCCACAAAUUGUUGAUGGGACCUGGGCCGUCCAACGUACCACCGAGAAUCCUUGCCGCCGGAGCUCUGCCGAUACUUGGACACAUGCAUCCGGAGACUUUGAAGAUCAUGGAUGACAUAAAGAAAGGAUUACAGUACGUAUUCCAGACAAAGAAUGAACUGACGUUUGCUGUGAGUGGUUCGGGCCAUUGUGGAAUGGAGGCUGCUAUGAUGAAUCUUAUCGAACCCGGUGAUGUCAUUCUGGUUGCUUCCAACGGCAUCUGGGGAGAAAGGAUCGCAGAUCUUGGCAAAAGGCUCGGAGCCAAUGUUAAAGUAUUGCAGAACCCAACUGGAGUAGCAUUUUCCUUAAGACAGAUUGAACAGAGUAUUCAUGUUUACAAACCAGUAUUAUUUGCGAUCACUCACGGAGAAUCAUCAUCAGGUGUAUUGCAGCCAUUGCAAGGAAUCGGAAGUCUGUGCCACAGGAAUAACUGCCUUUUCUUGGUAGACUCGGUAGCAUCGCUAGGAGGAGUUCCCAUGUUUGUGGAUGACUGGGGUAUUGAUGUCAUUUACAGUGGUAGCCAGAAGGUUCUUGGUGCACCCCCUGGGACGGCUCCUAUAUCAUUCAGUGAAAGAGCAAGAUCCAAAUAUCUGAGCAAGAAAAUCAGAGUUCCUUCAUUUUAUUUGGACCUCAAUCAUCUAGCAAACUACUGGGGGUGUGAUGCUGGACCAAGGAGAUACCACCAUACCUGCCCUGUGACCAACCUGUACCAACUAAGAGAAGGAUUAGCUAUGGUGGCAGAAGAGGGUCUUGAAGAAUGUUGGAAGCGUCACAAAGCAGCUGCUCAAUCUCUGUAUGCGGGACUAGAGAAACUUGGUCUUCAGUUGUUUGUCAAAGAUGAGGCGACCCGUCUCCCCACCGUCAGCGCCAUCUUGGUUCCUCCUGGUAUGGACUGGAAGAAGGUGGUCAUGUAUGUUAUGCAAAAGUACAGAAUAGAGAUAUCUGGUGGCCUUGGACCAAGUGCAGGAAAGGUUUGGCGCAUCGGUCUAAUGGGGUACAAUGCCAACCAGGAUAACGUGAAGAGGGUCUUGAGGGUUCUGGAAGAAGGUCUCAACCACUGCCGGACUACAUCCCGUCUCUAAGGGUUCCAGAAACUACCCGUAAAGAACUUGCCCCUUCCCUCUUUCUACUCCCAUUCACUCAACCCCUAGCCUUUAGACAGUGCCUCUAUCCUUCACUCUGCCCUACAGAAGUUCUCCUCUUUGGAAGAAGGUCUUAACCAUAGAAGGACCACAUCCCAGCUCUAGGGCUUCCAGAAACUACCUGUAAAGAACUUGCCCCUUCCUUUCCUCUGUCUUCUCCCAUUCACUCAUCCCCUAGCCUUUAGACAGUGCCUCUAUCUUUCACCUUGCCCUAUGGAAGUUCUCCUCUUUGUAAGAAGGUCUCAACCAUUGGACUACAUCCCAUCUCUAGGGCUUCCAGGAACCACCUGUACAGUACUUGCCCCUUCCUUCUCCGAGUCCGGCCCCCUUCACUCAAUCUCCAAUACCAUUCCCUAUUCUCCCUGAAAGCUUGGCUCCAACCAUAGCAGGACAGCAUCUUGUCACUAUUAAAGGCUCCCAGAAAACAACCUGUAAAAUACUUGCCCUCUUUCUCUGCCGUAUCUAUUCCUUUCCCCCAUUCAUUCCACCCCUUGAACUUUUAUCUCUUCUCUCUGGAAGACUGCAGGACAAGAUCUCAUCUCUAGGGCCUCUAGAAACCUUUUUUCAAAGUACUUGCCCCUUCAUCCCCAAGUCUCCCUCUUUCUACAUCUUGCACCUUUAUCUCCUCUCUCUGGAAGUUGGACUCAACCAUUGCAAAACUACGUAUUGUCUCUAGGAUUUCCAGAAACCUCUUUCAGAGUGCUUGCCCCUUCCUCCCUGAGUCCUCUCCCCUUCAUUCUAUCUUUAGUACCUUUCGUUCUUCUUUCUGGAAGAUGGUCUCCAACCAUUGCAGGGCUACAUGUCGUCACUCUUGCUUCCAGAAACCACCUUCCUACUCGAGUCUUCUCUCCACUCCUCCUGAGUAACUUUCCCUUUCCUCUCUGAAAGAUGGCCUCUCUUGUUGUAGGACAACAUCUCAUUUGCAUCCGGAAACCAACUGUGAAGUACCUGCCCUUGUGUUCUUACCGAGUCCUUUCCCCAUUACUCUACCUUAUUCUCUUCUCUCUGGAAGAUAUCAUCGGUCAUUACAGGACUACAUCCCGUCUUUAGGGCUUCCAGAAAACACCUCCCUCGUCUCAAUCCACUCUCCUCACUCCAAAUCUUGUACCGUCCUCUCUUCUCUCUGGAAGAUGGUCUCCACGCAUUACAGGACUAUGUCUCAUCUCAAGGGUUCCGGAAACCUUUUUUUUAAAUAAUCACCCCUUCCUUUCCCCAGAGUCAAAUCCUUUUACUGUGCCUUCUUCUUGAAAAAAAAAGAAUAUCAUUAUGAUGAUGAUGAUGAUGGUGAUGAUGAUGAUGUUGAUGAUGACAAUGACGAUGGCGAUGAUGAUUAUUAUCAGUCUCCCCCUGCAAAUUUUUAAUCCCUUCAUUGUGGUCUAUACAAUAUUAUUGGAAUGCUAUUAUGAUGUGUUUCCUGUCAAACCAAUUCAUUAAUGAUGCUUAUAAUAAUGAUGCUUAAUAAAAAGGACAUAUCUUUAAAUGAAUUCACUGACCGCAUUACCUCGUAUACAAAUAUUCUUUCUGGCAUACUAACAGUUUUUUGUGUUCUGACUCAUAAAUAAAUGUAAACUAUAGGUUCCACCACUCCACAUUAUUCUGUUGGAAGUAAUGAUGAAUCAUAACAAAACUCUCAAUUCAUGCUAAUUUGUAUAUAUUUUGUUUCCUUUGCUGACUAGAUGUGGCAUUUCAAAGCACUUUGUAUUUCAUGUAAAACACACUUUUAAGAUAUGAAUUAUUAUUAUUGCUUAUGUUAUAGGCUGUUUAGAGAAACUAAAUGUACUGGGACAUUACAUGUACUAACUAUUCUGUGCAGUAGUAAGAAAAAAAAUAUACUGUAGGCUGUUAUGUAAGACUAGAAGGUAAAUCAUGUUGAAAAUCAUAAGUGCUGGUUGGCAGGUGCUGGAAUAUUUCUGUACAGGUUUUAAAUUUCUCCAGCAUAAGUAUAUCAUUCCACUGUUGUAUAUUCAAGCAGUAAAUCUAUUGUUCGCGGGAGGGGGGGGGGGAUGAACAGUUGUUUCAUCCCUCCCCCCACUUGAAUAGCUUGAUGUCACAAAUGUACUCCUGUGUAUCAUUGUUAUGGUAUUUCCAGCUUUCCAUUUGUGUUGGGGUGAUUUAAUUAAUUACUUUCAUACUGCUUGCAUACUGCUUUCCAUUAUGCAAAAAAGUGUUUUGUGCAUAAUGGGGAGAGCGCAGUAUAAUAAUUGAUAGCAAUGAUAAUUGCUAUUUUGAUAUUCCACCGAUUUGAUUGUAAGAGGGGAGGUUAGAAGUCAAGGUUACUAGCUUGGCUCCUAGCUUACCAGGCUCCCUUGGGGAUGACAACCCUAGCUUGCUUCCAUACGGGCUGUGAAGGGGGAAACCCUGUUUCAGUCCGAGGAGCAAGUGGUUCGGCCUCUGGUUAUAUUUGGUUUGGGUUGACUGCCCAUUCCAUCUAAUUACUAUUUUCACAUGAUUUAAUUAUGGGUUAUUAUGUGGCAGUCAUGGGCCACUUGUCAUCAUUUAUGAUGGCAACAUCAGGCCCAAAGAACAAUCUAAAAAAAUAAAAAAUAAUUUAUGAUAAACAUACCUGAUAUAUUUAAAGAAUGGAUUGAUGAUGUCAAUGAUCUUCAUUAAUAAUGGUGGUAUAGUAGACUUGACUAAUAAUUUUCAAAUAGUUUUUUUUCUUUUAGGAAUUCAAAUUUUUCUGAUUUAUUCGUUUGCAUUUAUAUUUUUUGUGAGAUUUAUAUAAGAUAUAUUGUUACUGAUUAUUUGUCAUGUUUUUAUGGAUAUUUUUUUCAUCUGUUGGGAUAAAAAUAUUAAAGUUUCAAUAAAACAGAUAUUCAUUCACAGGACGUUACCCUUUCAGACUCAAUUUAUGUAUGAAAUGCAUUAUGUUUAAUAAAUGUAUGUAAAUACUUUUAUUUUCUUCAUCUUCCUUAAACAUUACUUACAGAGCUUUUCUUCAUACCAUUUGUUACAACUUAAUAAAAAAAAAUUAGGCUUCUUACAGUGAUUCGCUAGUUUAUUUCUGAUAAGCACUAUUAUCUAUGUUUGCCGUCUUGAAGAGAAUGAUAUGAUUUUUUUUUACAAGUUAGCUUUGAUUAGAUCAUUCUUUUAUGGUUUAAUGGUAACAUAUUGUGGUGUUGUCCUUCAAAAAGGAUAGUUUAUAGUUCUAUUUUGAAAUUAUAAGGAAAGUGAGUUCUCUCAUAAGUUCUAAAAGAACUAAAAAUCUAAUGUUUUCUUCUUGGAUAUAAUUAUAAGUAUUCUAAAAGAAUUAUAUUUUUGAUCUGCAAUUAUAGUUAUGUAAUAUUUUAAGUACCUUUGUAUGAAUAUUUUUUGAUAAUGGAACAACAUGAUGAAGAUGAAUUUUAAUAAAUGUGAAGGUGAAAGCUAGAAUGAUAUUUUUAUUAAUACUUAAUUCUUAUUUAACUGUUGGUGUGGGUUAUUGUAUGCACCGGAAAAUCAUGGAUCCUCCCCUGAUUGUAUAUGUACAUGAUUGAGAAUAAAAUAUGAAUUCAAAAUCA